AUGACGCGCCCCCGAAUUGUUCGUGCUGACACUCUUGAUCUUCAAGACCAGCAUGCACCCUCGGCUAAGGAUCACUCGAAACAGAAUAUAGUCGUAGGCAGCGGAUUUGGUCCGCACCAGGAGCAGUCCAUUCGACACGCCGAUCAAGACACCAGAACAGAAGUGAUGCAUGGGCCCGGGGCCGAAGAAAAUAUUAUAGAUGAACAUCGCGACGGUAUCGAUAUAUACGACGACGACGAUGAUUUGGACGAUGACUUGGGACAUAGUCAGCAUGUUGGAGGCUCAGAAGACGGUGAUUUAGCAGACGGAGAAGGUGACGAUGAUUUGUUGGACGAUGAUCUGAUGGAUAAAAUCUCGAGCUCCCCAUCUAUCGACGACGGUGCGUUGUAUCUCUUAAUAAAGCCCAUGGAUAUUGAAGGCGGGCCCAUGCUUUUGAUUUUUUACCAAAGUUCGCGGACAAAGUUCUGA